UCAGUCAGCAUUUGACUCAGUAGUGGCAAGGGAUCUAGGAUUUCCACUUGUCAGUGGCUCCCCGAUAUCGCAUUUAAGUGCAUCCCCAAGCUAAAAUGUCAAAGUUGGAGCAAGUUCUGAUUCUUGACCCCCCUGCCGACCUGAAAUUUAAAGGUCCCUUCACAGAUGUCGUCACCACAAACCUCAAAUUGAAAAACCCCUCAGACAGAAGAGUAUGUUUCAAAGUGAAGACGACUGCGCCGCGUCGGUACUGUGUACGGCCGAACAGCGGAGUCAUCGAACCUGGAGCCACCGUCACCAUCUCCGUUAUGCUACAGCCCUUUGAUUACGACCCAAAUGAGAAGAGUAAACAUAAAUUCAUGGUUCAAACAAUCUUUGCCCCAGCAAAUGUGACCGACAUGGAUGCUUUGUGGAAAGAUGCGAAGCCCGAUGAUCUCAUGGAUUCCAAGCUGCGAUGCGUCUUUGAGCUUCCUUCUGAAAACGAUAAAGUGAACGACGUGGAGGACAUCAAGGCGACCCCGGUGCUGAACUCGGCCAAGUCUGACGGGCCCCUGUCCUCCAUGGCGGCGGCCAAGCCCAGCGGAGGAGCCCCCGACGACCCGGAGAUGAAGAGGGUGAUGACCGAGUGCAAGCGGCUGCAGAAUGAGAUGAGCAAGAUGGCGGAGGAGAACAUGAAGCUCAAGGACGACGGCGUCAGGAUGAGAAAAGCAGCCCGCUCAGACCACAUGACCUCAAACUCUAGCGCCCUCCUGGGCCGAGAAAGCAGCAGCAGCACCACCUCCCUGCCCUCCCUCCUCGUUGUGAUAGCGGCCAUCUUCAUCGGUUUCUUCCUAGGGAAGUUCAUCUUGUAGACUGGGAGACGCAUGCCAGCCGUAUCCCCCUGCCCCCCCCCCU